AUGAAACCAUCUAAACUGCAAGAUCAUCUGAGAAGAUGCCACCCUGAUAAAACAGAGAAAGAUUUGAAAUACUUUCAAACACUCAAAGAUAAAUUUCAGGAGAGUCCUACACUGGACAGAAUGUUCGCUUCGACGUCACAAAGAAAUGAUGAUGAUGAUGAUGAUGGUUUGCGGGCGUCUUACAAUAUCUCGUUACUUAUAGCAAAAUCCGGAAAACCGCAUACUAUCGGAGAGAAGUUAAUUUUGCCAGCCGUUGAAGAGGUUUUAAAAACUGUUUUACACAAACCUGCAUCUGAUAUCAUUAAAAGAAUUCCCUUAAGCAACAAUACUGUUGAAAGACGUAUUGAUGAAAUGAGUUCUGAUAUUGUAAGCUUCUUAUGUAAUUAUUUGCAAACGACCCAUUUCUCUAUACAACUGGACGAGUCAACUUUACCUGAUAAUGCAGCAUUAUUAUUGGCAUAUGUUCGUUUUAUUAGGAAUCAAGACAUCUACGAAGAACUGCUCUUCGCAAGAACUUUGAUAACCGACACUAAAGAUUUUGAAUUUAGGUUUGAGGAUAUUUUGACUAUGGUAAUACCACCGUGGAUAAUUAAUCCAUAUGAUGUCAUAGAAGAAACGAAUGUCAUAAUACAAGAGGAACUGACUGAACUAAGUACAAACGAAGAACUUAAGGUUCAGUUUAAAAACGGAUAUCAGCAAUUCUGGCUGCAAAACAACAUACCCGUUAUUUAUCCCGUAUUAUGGAAUAUAGCGAGGAAAUUUUUAAUUUCCUUUCCAUCGUCAUACCUAGUGGAAAGGGGGUUCAGCGCUGUUACCAAUCUCCUAACGAAAAAAAGAAACAGACUGGACAUCAUUAGCCGAGGAGAUUUAAAGAAUUGA